UGCAGAUUGUGGAAUUUCCUCUGACAUAAUGCCCAAAAAGUUGUAAGUAUUGAGACUGUAUAAAAGAGCCACCAAUAUGCUCCAGCCAACAGAAAGCCUCUGAAACAGCCCAGAUAACAAGUUUUCCAGCUGACAGCCAGUAGGAAACCAGAGCAAAACAAACCACAAACUAACUGCGAAAAUGACUUCCAAGCUUCUGGGAGCACUCUUGGCCAUCUUCCUGGUUUCUGUAGCACUGAAUGAAGCUGCUGUGGUUUCUAGGACAGUGACAGAACUCCGAUGUCAGUGCAUAAAAACUUAUUCCAAGCCUUUCCAUCCCAAACUCAUUAAGGAGAUGAGGGUGAUCGACAGCGGACCACAUUGCUCAAACACAGAAAUCAUUGUCACAGUUAAAGACAACAGGGAACUCUGCCUUGAUCCUAAUGCAAAGUGGGUGCAGAGAAUUCUUCAGGAGUUUUUGAAGAGAACUAAGGAUCACUCAAAAUAAAAUGGAAAGACUCCUUCUUUGUCUUGAAUUUAUCUCUCCAUGAAGAUGCCAAUGAAGUUUCAGGAAAAUCUGCUUCUCUUUAAAAUAUGCAACAUGAGUCAGAGAAUUAAGGAAGCUGGGUUUUGACUUAGCCAAUACUUCACUGUACCUCAGAAUAUCUACCCAUUCCUACCUCAUUGGGAUGCUUAUCAUGAGCUGUUUCUGCUUUCUUUCAGGAUCAGGCAGUAUAACAUUAUUUUCCAGUUAUAAUUUAAUUCAGAUAUUUACUAUUUAUGUAUUUAUUAAAGUUAAAGAAUAUAUAGAAUUAGAACUGGAUGACAAAAACUUCCCUCGUAGGAAGUAGGGGACAAAAUGACAAUGAAAUUUUGUCUUAUUUUAAUCUGAGCAAUGCUUAAUAUUUCUCCUAUCUUCACUGUUGGGAACAGGAUUCUGUCUUCCAGAAAUAUUGCUGGAGAGAUGGCAUUAGUGGAAACCUAAAAUAGGGCCUUCUACCCUAACUCUGGAAUCAUAGUCUUAGAAUGGUUUAAGAAAUAAAACAGCAAAGAAUUACUGGGCCAAAGCCCAGAAUUCUUUUUGGUGGGGAAAUUAUUUAGGAUGUAUCAAUGCUUUGUUAUGAGUUUAUUUAAAUGGUUGUGCUCUGUCAUCACCAUGGUUUAUUUAUUUAACUUGAGAAAACUUUUUUAUUAUGUUUGAGAGAAGUUUUCUUAAUAUUUUUGGUAAUUUGGAAGUCUACAUGUGACCAUGAGAAUAUUUAUGAAAAAAUGUAACUUAUUGCCUACUUUGUAAACAUUUGCUUUAUUCUAGUUUUUUUGUUACAAUUUCCUGAAAGUUUUCAUUCAAUAAAAAAUGCACAUUUUGAUUUAAAAAGAA